AAAUUGCAAGAAGAAAAAUAGGGAAGAGAGAGAAAGAAAGAAAGAGGCGGAAGAAGUGGCAAUGGAUGGAUAUCGAUCGAAGUCAUAUGCCGGCGGCGGUAGAGCGGCGGCGACGACGACGGAAAGAAACGAUUUGGAGUAUGAGUACGACGGUCGGAAACAAGAUCUAAGAAGCAACAGCGUUUCAUAUCAACAACAAUCCGAUCCUCCGUCUCAAUCUGGAUUUCCAACAGAUUCAAAUUUGAAGAAGGCGAAAUCGAUAAACGGACUUUCGAAGAGUUGGAGUUUAUCCGAUCCGGAGUUACAGAGGAGGAAAAGAGUUGCUAGCUAUAAAGCCUACGCUAUGGAAGGGAAAGUUAAAGGAUCUAUAAGGAAGAGUUUUAGAUGGCUUAAGGAAAGGUUCAAUCUCGUCGUUCAUGGCCACCGGUGAUUCUCUCUCUUCUCUCUCUCUCUCUCACUUAUCUCUCUUUUCUUUUUCAUUCAAUUCAACAUCUCAAUUUGCUUUCUUUGUGGGUGGAUCUCAAAAAACUCUCUUCAACAUCUCUUAUUGGCAGCAGGAUAUAUCAUAGAUUCUUCUUACAUUUGGUUGUUGGGUUAUCAAGAAAUUCUCAUGAAUUCAUUAUGUUUGUUAACUAUUAAUCUUUUCUGUUCAUUGUUUAUGGCUUUUGAUUGAGAAUUCUGCUA